AUGACAGCAUCUCUUCUUAUUUUGACAAGUCUUCUGCUAUUUCAGACUGCAAAUGCAGUCGAUCCGCCGAAACCUCAAUACAUGGGGUGCUUUGGAGAUGCUGAGGAGAGGGCAAUGCCUGCCAAUGGAUACAGUUCGGACGCUGCCAUGACCAUUCAGAUAUGUGUGGAUAUCUGUGCCCAUGCUAGUUAUGCGUUCGCAGGCAUCGAGGUUGGAACCGAAUGUUUCUGUGACAACGAUUAUACCCGCUGGGGAGAAUUGGAUCAAAGCAAAUGCUCAGCAGGUUGCGCAGGGGACUACAACGAGGAAUGUGGAGGAUCCUGGGCAGUAAGCGUCUAUGCCACAGAUUCCAGUGUGGAACAACAGCCAUUACCACUUCCUUCCUUUGCUACCCCAACGGCUUGUGUUGCUGAUGAUUCCAACAACCGUGCAAUGACCCAAGUGGAACUCAGUCCUGUCUACACAGAACUUUGCAUCGACGAAUGCUUCAAACUAGGAUAUGAUUUCGCCGGCCUUCAGAAUGGCAACGAAUGCCACUGCGGAGAUGAUACAUACAACAAGAAUGGCUAUUUGAAUGCAGCAGUAAGCUGUAACAAGGAGUGCAUCGGAGAAUGUGGUGGUGUUGGUGCUUUGACAGUAUACGAUACGACUCAUUCGGAUUACCAGUUUCCGUCUGCAGCCCCAAGUACUUAUCAUGCUACAUGGGCUGAAGAACGAAAACUUGCAUGUGUACUAGAUACUUGGGAUCGUGCCAUGGCCGUUGGGCCCAAGAAUAUGCACACUGUCAACUCACCGGUGGGAAUGACAGUUCAAGCUUGCAUUACGUAUUGCGAAGGUCUCAACUUUGCAUAUGCUGGACUCGAAAAUCGUAAUGAGUGCUACUGUGGCAACGAAUAUCGAACACAUGGUUUUGCGCCCGUCACUGAUUGUUACCACAAAUGCAAUGGCGAUCAAUCGCAGGAAUGUGGAGGACCAUGGAGGGUCACUGUCUACGCAACUGGCUCUGGUCCAUUCACCCCUUUGCCAGGACAGCCAUCCAUUCCAAAUCUUGGAUGCUGGGCCGACAAUGCGAAUGACCGAGCCAUGACCGCGCAUGUUGGAGGUAGUGAAUUGAGGGGCCCAGUGUACGUGCAAAGGUGCAUCAACUAUUGCUUCACCGAAGGCCACAAGUUCGCUGGAUUACAAGCUGGAAGGGAAUGCUACUGUGCUGACACCGAAACCGAAUAUCAAAAGCAUGGUACUUCGACUGGCUGCGAUCGGGAAUGUGGAGGAAUUGCCUAUGGUAACUGUGGAGGGAGGGAUGCAUUGACUGUCUACUCUGUGGACGAGCAUAACGUUGAUACCCGAUUUGCACGUCCAGCCACGGGGAACUGUAUUGCUACCGCAUGGGGAGAUCCUCACAUCAUCACGUUUGAUGGCCUGAAAUACGAUGUUCAUGUUAUGAGCGAAAUGAUCUUCUUGAAGUCACGAAGCACCGACUUCGUUUUACAGGCUCGCUUGGAACCCGUCUACACUUUGAGUUGGAAUUCUAAGCCAGCUGUGACUACUGGUAUUGUGAUCAAGGGAGCCACCGCCAAACUUCCAACCGUUCAAGUUUCCUUGGUUCCUCAAGGACAAACUGGAGAAAAGCCUUCUACUGUCCGCCAACAGUGCGAUGUGGAGCUCUUUGUGGAUGGUACUGCAUAUGGAUUCUACGAAAAUCUUGAAACAAACGACGCCCAUGUCCUGCUCAGUGGUAGCAUGAUCCACAUAUCCUAUCCCAGUCAGAAGUUGCAAUUGGAUAUUAAAGUUGUUGUUUGGCAGAAUGUGUGUCACUUCUCCAUUGACUACGUGUUGUUGGACUGUGCUAACAACAACGACUAUGUCGGUCUCUUGGGAAGUCCAGAUGGUGAUAAGACGAAUGAUUGGAUGGACGAGAACAAUGCUCCUCAAACCAUUCCAAGCGGUGCCGGCGGGUAUCUCUUUCAGCCAGCAUACGAUUACGCAAUCAAUAACUGGUGCAUUGGAACUCCCAUUGACUCUUACUUCACUUACCCAUACGAAAACUUGAGUUUCUCAAGUUACACCAACUGCCUGGAACCAUUCGAUCCUACAUUUGAAGACGCGCUCAUUGCGGCAGAGAAUGACCCAAACAACGCCAAGUGUAAUGGGGACUUGGGAUGUAUCUUGGACACUGUUGCACUGGGCGACGAAGCUGGUGAUGCGUACUUGAACGAACCCGCAAUUCUGGAAACGAUUACUGCCGAGAUCAUCGAGUCACCCCCAGCGCCCACUCCGGCUCCAGUUCCACUUCCGACUCCAUAUCCGACUUCUGCGCCCACCUCUGGACCCACUAGUGGGCCCACUUCUGGACCAACUAAAGCUCCCACGCCUUCUGGUGACGGUGGCUCGGGAGGCGAUGAUUCUGGCUCUGGUGGGGACGGUGGCAGAAGUGAGAGUAAUGGAGCUGGAAGCAAUGGUGACCCUCACUUUCGUACAUGGAAGGAAGAACACUUUGAGUUUCACGGUCAGUGCGAUAUCGUCAUGACCAAGGUCAAGAACUUUGCCAACCGAAUUGGCAUCGACCUUGAUAUCCAUCUCCGAACCAAGAUUGUUCGAUAUUGGAGCUACAUUGAAACAGUCGCCGUUCGUAUUGGCAAUGAUAUUCUUGAAGUGAAGGGAUCCGCUGCCCAGGAGGAUGACGAUGACAAGCUUCAUUAUUGGAGCAACUUUGAGUAUCAUGGAGAGCUCGCCGACCUUGCUGGAUUUCCAGUGACUAUCAGCCCCCGCAGAAACAAGUACACGAUUGAUCUCGAAAGCGCAUACCCCGGGCAAAAGAUUGAGAUCAGUACCUUCAAGGAGUUUGUGAGUGUCAAGAUUAUUGGGGCAACCGAAGAUUCCUUUGGAAAGUCUAUUGGUAUGACUGGUGAAUUCAAGACGGGCAGGACUCUUGCUCGCGAUGGAUACACCGAAUUGAAUUGCUUCAAUGAACUCGGACAGGAAUGGCAAGUCUUGCCAUCUGAUGGCAAGCUGUUCCAUGAGAUGUCUCGUCCUCAGUUCCCCGAACACUGUUUCCUUCCCGAGGAUCCUCAUGGCGAACGCACUCGCCGCUUGGCGGAGUCCACUAUUGCCGAGGAAGCCGCCGAAGCUGCCUGUGCCAAGUUGAAGGAUGAGUUGGAUCGCAAAGACUGCAUCUAUGAUAUCUUGGCCACACAAGAUAUGGACAUGGUGGGGGCCUACUAG